CAUCUGCAAUGGAUGGUCGUGCGGAACUGCUCCAGUUUCCUGAUCAAGAGGAACAAGCAGAAGUACAGCACCGAGCCCAAUAACCUAAAAGCCCGCAACUCCUUCCGCUACAACGGGCUGAUACACCGCAAGACGGUCGAGCCCGCUGCCGACGGCAAGGGGGUUGUGGUGGUCCUGAAGCGGAGGUCAGGCCAGCGGAAGCCUACCACCUCCUAUGUCCGAACCACCAUUAACAAGAAUGCCCGGGCCACACUCAGCAGCAUCCAGCACAUGAUCCGCAAGAACAAGUACCGCCCUGACCUUCGCAUGGCUGCUAUCCGCAGAGCCAGGGACAUCCUACGAAGCCAGAAGCCUGUGAUGGUGAAGAGGAAGCGGACUCGCCCCCCCCAAGAGCUCCUGAGCACCCCUCGCCCAGAGCAAUAA